AGCAUCUUGGACGCAAAUUGUAAUCCUUAGGUAGUUCUAUCUUUAGGUGAACUUGUAACAUAAUUAACGACAGAAUGCAGACGUGCACAUUCAGGGCAUCUGCCCUUCCCACCCUAGCCCCCACACGCCCUGUAAGCCGCGCAUUCGCGCCUGUGGUGGCCAAGGUUGCGGACACAAAGAAGGCUAGCACGCAAGCUCGCCACAAGCGCAUCCGCAAGAAGCUAAGCGGCACCGCGGAGCGCCCCCGUAUGGCCGUCUACAAGUCUAACGAGCACAUCUACGUCCAGGUCAUUGAUGACAUUGCGGGCCACACUCUUGCCGCGGCGAGCACCGUGAUGAAGGACCUCCGGGAGUCCCUGGAGGGCAACGGAGCCAAUGUGGCGGCUGCUGAGGCGGUUGGCAAGAAGAUUGCGGAGGCCUGCCAAGCAAAGAACAUUGAGAAGGUUUGCUUCGACCGAGGUGGCUUCAAGUACCACGGCCGCAUCAAGGCCGUGGCGGAUGCUGCCCGUGCUGCGGGCCUGACCUUCUAAGCGGGAGCAUGCAGGCAUCACUGGCAGCAGCAGCAGCAGCACUGUCCGCCAUGUCGUUGCUGUUAAUCCCGACAUUAACGGGUGGCGGGAAUGGUGGACCCGUUUGCUGCCGACUCGUUAAGCAAGCGUCGGUUGGGAUCCCGCCCGCCGGAGAGGGAUGUAGGGCUGGCUUUUCGCUGGAGCUAAUGACAGCAGUCGCCAAGGCCGUUGGUAGGACUGCGAUACGCGUCCCGGUGCCGCAGUAUUCCGGGUUUCGCCAUAAUGAGUUGCGGCCAACUUGCUGCGACUGCUGGCGAUACGAAGAUAUGGAUGGAGAAAGGGUUGACUUGACGAUAUUAGGUUCCCCGUGGGGGUGUGGUGCAGAUGUGUACAGGGUCAUGUCCUUGUGUGACUUGUGAGUGGAGGGUUCAGCCGUGGGCAGGUCUAGGUUAGGAGUGUACGGUUUCCUUGCAUGGCGUCGAGGGAGGUUUUCCUCUUGGCUCCCUCGGCAACUAGUUUGGUUUGCCUCGCUUGUAAGCAGAGAGCUAUCAA